GUUAUACAGCUUUCAAUGGAGUUGAUUUUGAAGGCACUUUCCAUGUGAAUACAGUAACAGAUGAUGACUAUGCAGGCUUCAUUUUUGGUUAUCAAGACAGCUCCAGCUUUUAUGUGGUAAUGUGGAAACAGACGGAGCAGACCUAUUGGCAAGCCACUCCAUUUCGAGCAGUUGCAGAACCUGGGAUUCAGCUGAAGGCUGUUAAGUCAAAGACUGGGCCUGGAGAACACCUCAGAAAUUCACUUUGGCACACUGGAGACACUAAUGAUCAAGUCCGAUUGCUAUGGAAAGAUCCACGAAAUGUUGGCUGGAAAGAUAAAGUUUCCUAUCGCUGGUUCCUACAACACAGACCUCAGGUUGGAUAUAUUAGGGCAAGAUUUUAUGAAGGAUCUGAACUGGUAGCAGAUUCUGGAGUAACCAUAGACACAACCAUGCGUGGAGGAAGACUUGGUGUUUUCUGCUUCUCUCAGGAAAAUAUUAUUUGGUCCAAUCUGAAAUAUCGUUGUAACGAUACAAUCCCAGAAGAUUUCCAAGAAUUUCAAGCUCAGAAGUAUGGUGAUGGAGGUAUUUAA